UUUGGCUUCUCCUCUUUCUCUGUUUCUCCCUCUCUCUUAGGUUUUUGGAGAAGGGGAGAAAGAAGAAAAAAAGGGUGAUAAAUGUGGAAUCAGAAGCAAACAAAAGAAAAGGAGGGGGCCACUGGCAAUGAAUUGGUGGCGAUUGCCAUUGAUAAGGACAAAGGAAGCCAAAAUGCUCUCAAAUGGGCCACUGAGAAUCUCCUUCUUAAGGGCCAAACUGCCAUUCUCAUCCAUGUCAAGCUCAAAUCUUCCUCUAAUUCCACCUCUUACAUGGCCUCCCCAAAGGUAACCUCUGCAACUGACAAUGCCAAUGGGAAUUUUUUGAUAGGCAAGGAUUUGGAUCCAGUCACGAGGGAUUUGUUCCUUCCUUUUCGUUGUUUCUGUACUCGAAAAGAUAUAUUCUGCAAAGACAUUAUCUUAGAAGACACAGACGUGUCAAAAGCAUUGCUCGAAUAUGUCUCUCAGGCUGCAAUCGAGAAUUUGGUUGUCGGUACCACGACCAAAAAUGGCUUCUUGAGAAGAUUCAAGACCACAGAUAUUCCAGGGAGUGUUAUUAAAGGAGCACCAGAUUUCUGCACUGUUUAUGUCAUAUCAAGAGGAAAAAUUCAAACUAUGCGAUCGGCCUCGCGUCCUGCUCCCACUUCUUCUCCUCUUAGAAGUUUUUUGCUCAACCAAUCAGGCAUUAAAUCCCCUUUAUCAGAGUCGCAAGUUUCUCAAAUCCAAAGAAUCGAAAAGCCUCCUCUCGAAGCAGCACGUAGAUCGCAAGACAACAUCGAGUUCAGGUCGCCGUUCACUAGGAAAGGCUACAACGGCAAAAUGCCUGGGGAAAUGAGUUUACCUGAUACCGAUAUUUCUUUUGUUAGCUCGGGAAGGCCGAGUGUUGACCGAUUGUUCCCUUCAUACUUUGACACCCCAGAUUCGGGUAGGGUCACCCCACGACUGUCCAGUGGCACCGAAGCUGAUAUGUAUAAUAGCUUCGAGUCACAGCCGUUUGGCCGCAGGUCAGUGGAUGUGAACUACCCACCUGAAUUUUUAUCGGUCUUCCCGGAUGGUGACAGAUUAUCAACUUCGUCACAGAAUAUGGAAGAUGUAGAGGCUGAGAUGAGGAGGCUGAAGCUGGAACUAAAGCAAACUAUGGAAAUGUAUAGCACAGCCUGCAAGGAAGCACUUACAGCCAAGCAAAAGGCGGUAGAGCUUCAGCGAUGGAAAUCGGAGGAAGAACGGAGACUAGAGGAGGCAAGGCUUGCCGAGGAAGCUGCAUUGGCAAUAGUCGAGCAGGAAAAGGCCAAGUCUCAAGCCGCUAUUGAGGCUGCUGAAGCUGCUAAAAGGAUUGCUGAGUUGGAAGCACAGAAGAGAAUUAACGCAGAAUUGAAAGCAUUCAAGGAAGCAGAAGAGAAAAAGAAGGCAUUGGAUGCUUUGGCGCACACGGAUGUCAGGUAUCGGAAGUACUCGAUCGAGGAGAUUGAAGCUGCAACGGAGUUCUUUUCUGAAUCUUUAAAGAUUGGAGAGGGAGGUUAUGGGCCCGUCUACAAGGGUUAUUUAGACCACACACCAGUCGCGAUUAAGGUCCUACGACCCGAUGCUGCUCAAGGAAGGUCACAGUUUCAACAAGAGGUUGAAGUACUGAGCUGCAUACGACAUCCUAACAUGGUUCUUCUCCUCGGGGCGUGCCCGGAAUAUGGUUGCUUGGUCUAUGAGUUCAUGGCGAAUGGUAGCUUGGAUGACUGCCUCUUUCACCGGAGAGAAAACUUGAAACCUCUUUCGUGGCAACUUAGAUUCAAAAUUGCAGCUGAAAUUGGGACAAGCUUGUUGUUCCUCCACCAAACCAAGCCUGAGCCACUCGUGCACCGUGAUCUUAAACCCGCAAAUAUCUUGCUUGAUCGCAACUUUGUUAGCAAGAUUAGUGAUGUUGGUUUGGCCAGGCUUGUUCCCCCUUCUGUAGCAGACAGUGUAACACAAUACAGAAUGACUUCAACUGCUGGCACGUUCUGCUAUAUCGAUCCCGAGUAUCAACAGACUGGAAUGCUCGGGGUGAAGUCAGACAUAUAUUCUUUGGGGAUCAUGUUUUUGCAGCUGAUUACAGCAAAGCCACCAAUGGGAUUGACUCAUCAUGUGGAAAGAGCUAUUGAGAAAGGAAAGUUCUCUGAAUUGCUUGAUCAGUCAGUUACUGAUUGGCCAGCUGAAGAGACUCUAUGCUUUGCACAAUUGGCUUUGAAAUGUGCAGAGUUGAGAAGGAAAGAUCGGCCCGAUCUUAGAAAGGUCGUUCUACCGGAACUCAUCAGGUUUCGAUCGCUUGCCGAAGCCAACACGUCCCCGCCGAUGGCAGAUGGUGUUACCAGCCCUGUGUUCAGCCGCAGUCAGGUUUCAGCUUUCAAGCAAGACUUAAGCGGUGAUCGUGUUUCGUCACAAUCUUCCAACAGCUCCAACCGAGCCUUGUCGUGCUCGCCAUCGUAGUAAAAAGUUAUUUUCCGAAGGAAGAUGUUCAAGUAUGGGGCGCAACAAAAGAUAAAUUUUGUAGAAAAUUUAGUGUUCAUAGGUAGAUCAGCCUAUACUCUUUACUUCUUUUUCCCUCCCCUCCUCUUCUCCAUUUGUUUAUUAACAGUUAGAAGCAAUUAGAGCUUUCAAACAUGUUAUAUAUAUGUAGUAUUUGGAUACUUCCAUUGUAUGUAAUAGGGGAUCAGAGAUAUGUAUAAAUACAUCA